AUGUGUCCCAAUGCUGCUGAAGGCAGUGAUUCUCCACCGCAGGUCUAUGCUCCCCCAUAUCCUUUUGCAAAUAUGAUGAUCUAUCAGCUCAUCUCCUGGAUGAAUUCUGGUAGCAGUCAAGUAUCGGAAUCUAAAGUUGUGUCCCUCGUCAAGGACAUAAUGCUGGCAAAGGAUUUUGACCCUGAACACCUUCAGGGGUUCUCAGCAAAAGGGGAUAGUCCCAGGCCUUAUACCAUUCCCAGGUUUCACUACUGCCCUCUGGUUGAUGUUAUCCGUGGGGCAUUCAGAGAUGCUCAAGCAGCAGCAUUUCAUCUCAUGCCCUUCAAACAUCUGUGGAAGAGCCCUCUGGACGGACACAAAGAGCGGAUAUAUGACGAACUUUACACCUCAGAUGUCUGA